UCAAUCACUAAUUCAAUAAAUAAUUCAAGUGAACACUCGUAUCGUAUAGAUAUUUAUUGAUAUAUUCAAUUUGGUUUUUAGUUUUCAUAAUUGUUGUUUAUUAGGAUUUGUUGGUGUGUAUGCUAAGAGUUGUUUAGGAGGGAGGGAAGGGGGUUAGGGUUGUUGUCAAGUCCAUACACUCCAUUCCCAAUCUCACUCGCAUUCCACCAAUUUUCUGAAAUUUUGUUUAGGAAAACAAAUGGAAGUUGGGAGGAGGAUUUCAGCAAGUCCUCGACCGUGCUCGGUUCGCCGUGUUUCAGCUAACAAGAGACCCCGCGCCGAUGGAUUCGUAAACUGUGUGAAGAAGCUGCAAAGGCGUGAGAUUUGCUCCAAGCGUGAUCGUGCUUUUAGCACCAGCAAUGCCCUCGAGAGGUUCCGUAAUAUGCGCCUCACUGAUGAAUAUGAUACUCAUGAUCCCAAGGGGCAAUUCUUAUCUGAAUUUCCGUUGCUAUCAAAGAGAGCGAAAAUCAUUGAGAUAGUUUCUGCACAUGACAUUGUCUUUGCUCUUGCAUAUUCUGGAGUUUGUGCAGCUUUUUGUAGAGAGACAAAUGAGAGACUUUGUUUUAUGAAUGUUAGUCCUGGUGAAGUCAUCCGAAGCUUGUUUUAUAAUAAAAACAAUGAUUCACUUAUAACUGUUUCAGUCUACUCCUCAGACAGUUUCAGCUCUUUGAAAUGCAGAUCAACAAGAAUUGAGUACAUAAGAAGAGGCAAGCCUGACGCCGGAUUUGCUCUUUUUGAGUCUGAAUCUUUGAAGUGGCCUGGCUUUGUAGAGUUUGAUGAUGUUAAUGGGAAGGUGCUAACUUACUCUGCACAAGAUAGCAUAUAUAAGGUGUUUGACCUUAAAAACUACACUAUGCUAUACUCUAUAUCAGAUAAACACGUGCAAGAAAUCAAAAUUAGUCCAGGUAUCAUGCUAUUGAUCUUCAAUAGAGCUACCAGCCAUGUUCCCCUUAAAAUUCUUUCAAUUGAAGAUGGCACAGUUCUCAAAUCCUUCAACCAUCUACUUCAUCGAAAUAAAAAGGUAGAGUUCAUAGAACAGUUCAAUGAGAAACUUCUCGUCAAGCAAGAAAGUGAGAAUCUUCAGAUCCUUGAUGUUCGCAAUACUGAGUUAAUGGAAGUUAGCAAAACUGAGUUCAUGACUCCUUCAGCAUUUAUUUUUUUGUAUGAGAAUCAGUUGUUUCUGACAUUUAGAAAUCGAACUGUGUCUGUUUGGAACUUCCGUGGGGAGCGUGUAACUUCAUUCGAGGAUCAUAUGUUGUGGCACCCUGAUUGCAAUACAAACAACAUAUAUAUUACUUGUGAUCAGGAUCUUAUAAUAUCCUACUGUAAGGCUUCAUCCGAUGAUCAUUGGGCAGAAGGAAAUGCUGGAUCCAUUAAUAUCAGCAAUAUCCUGACUGGAAAAUGCUUGGCUAAAAUAAACUCUACUAAUCAUCCUCUCGAAGCUGACGACUGUGGUUGCAGUUCUAACUGCUCAAAGCAGAAAUACUCUCCGGUAAGAAGCACAGUUAGUGAGGCCUUGGAAGACAUAACUGCUCUUUUCUAUGAUGAAGAACGCAACGAAAUAUACACGGGCAAUAGGCAUGGUCUCGUUCAUGUGUGGUCUAACUAAAGAUCCUUUUAUGUUUGGAUGCUUUUGAGUCUAUUCUAGUAGGGGCCUCGUUAGAGAGAAUGUUCUUUCGUUGAUUUUUUUUUUUAUUAUUAUUUAUUUAAUUUGUUAAUGUUGCAUUCUUUGGCACAAAGGCCUUCUGAGAUUGAGACGUAAUCCUAGGAUAAUGAUUUGGGGGUUCGCUUACAUAAUUUGUACAUGUUUUGCUAUAUAGUAUAUACAGAAUGUCUACGUUGGUAGUGUCCAAUGUGUAUAAAGGAAUCAUUUAAUUAUAGGGAUAAAAUGGUAGGGUUGUUUGCCAGCA